AUGGCGACGUAUGCCGAUGCGUCUGGGAAGCUGUACCUGAUUCAGUGCGAGGUCUUCAACAACGCCUUGUCGAUGCUCCAGCCGCGACAAGGAGCGCAUCCGAUGCAAAGGAGAUGCCCCAAUGCGUACUUCUGGGAGGCGCAGAGGACGCUGCUUGCCGCGUCCGCCGGCCUGGAGAAGCCACUGCAGGUGAGCCGGAAAGCGUUUCGGGCCAUCCGUGGCGUACUAGCCGGCCAGGCCAAGAACCAGACGGAAAUGCACAGCGCAACACGAUAUGCAGCGACCUGGCCUCCUUACUUGCGGCCUGCGGACGGUAUGGACGAGACGGCCGAUCCAGAGGACAGCUGGAGCCGGGCUGUAAACGCUGGCAUCUUGAUGCAAGAGGCUGGGUUUGCAAAGGAAGAGCGUGAUGAUGCUCUCGACGUUCUUCAGGGCAUGACAACAGAUGGGACACCCACCAUUCACCAAAGGAUCACAAUUGUGAAUCAACGGCACGUCGGAACCUGGGAGGCCUCCAUCAGAGCGACGCGGAACGCGCAAGAGGCGUGGGAGAGAUUCCAGGACCCCCCACAUCCUGGUUGGAAGCCUGGUCCAGCGCAGUACUCGGCCAUGUUUGAAAAGCUGACUCUACGCGAGGCCGAUGGGAACAGCCACUUGUUGCCCGGAGACAAGGCGUUGAGCUUUCCUACACUUCGGGACGCAAACCUGGCCGAGUUUGAGAGGGUCCGGUUACGCCCCCCAAGUGUGACGCAACUGUAUCGGCAGAUGCGACUCAACGGCAUCAGACCAAAGGGCAGCUGCCUUCAGAUCCUCGUAGCGAAUGCCGAGUCCCUUGACACUGCACACGGCUAUCUGCGAGACAGCGCAGAGAAGGAAACGAUUGUUGACAGCCUGACCGCCGAUGAUCCCAAGCCGGAACAGCUCAGGGCUGUGCCCAUGAACCUGUUUGAAGCCUACAUUCAGGUGUGCUCGCGGGUGGAUGGAAGGCGGGGGGAUCGGCCGCUGAGGCGCGGCAUGCAUUUAGCCAGCCUUCGACUGGAUGCCGCCUCUUCUCGCUGGGCUCCGGUCAUCUGGGGGCCCCUGCUCAAGGCUCUUUCGCAGCAUCGCAGAGCCAUCAAGGUCUCCCGCUCGGAGCAGCUCCGACUUUUCCUGCGAAUUAUGGACCGCAUCGACGAGAUUAGUGGAAUGACUCUGCCCACGUUCAUCCAGUUUGCUAAAUGCAUUCGCAAGGUUAUCAGACGGGAGCUGCCCGAGCUACUGAUUGAUCUAGAGACGGCCGAGGGGGCGAAGAAGAAUCAUCUUGGACAUUUUUAUACUUUGAGUACUGCAGAUCAAGGAACAGACGAUGCACUCGGGAAGGCGCCCUACUCGCUCCUCAGGGCGGCUGCAGAGCGCAUCAAGGAUAUGUUUAAUGGGCUGGUGGCGCAGGAGAGGCACAACCAAGGGCUGUUGGAGGUGCACCAAGUAGCACCACUGGAUCGGAUGGCUUGCCGGACGGACCCGGUGAGCAGUGAACAUGCAUACGACUACAUGGUCUCGUUGGCGUUUCUGGGCGAGUUUGACGAGAUGGCAAGGACGCUGCGUUGGUUGAUGGAGGAGUGGGAACAGCCGGACGUGGUGGACGCGAUUCAGGAGCUGGAUGAGCCGCCACAUCACGCAAACUUUUUCGAGACGCUGUGUGCGUUCCGGCUGCUGGCAGAGCCGAUGCUUGGCGACGCAGUGGUCAAGUCGCUGCGGCAGGGGUUGGAGGCGUCGGCUGCAGGGUGGGCGUGGCCCGAUGAGGAGGCCGUGGCGAUGUUUGUGGACAUGCAGCAAGACGACUUCAUCGCCACGCUGCAGCGCGUACUGGGCAGAGUACGACACUGGCAGACGGUCGAGCAGACAGCAGAAGCUCCGGAGCCCGAGGCCGCGUUUCGCGUGGAGGACGCUCUCGUCAAGGGAAGAUUACACCACAUGCGCUAUUGCGGAUUGCCUCGCGGCGGCGAUGGGGACGGCGUUGCAGGGCCACAGGACCCCUCGGGGAACUGGUGUUGA